AUGCAAGAAUCGAUGGCCACCGAGGCUCUCAACUUGGAAGACGCCCAUUACUUUUUGUUUCUAGAAGAGACCCGCUUGGACCGAGCCGCAGCGCAGCACCGGAGGAGUUUGACUGAUCGCCCUCGCAUCGCUUCCGACACGGUGUUGGGCAAGUUCAUCUACGCGUGCCUACUGUACGACUCGCAUUCAGACCUCGGUUCAACGGCAUAUGGCGACGUGUCUUUGGAGCCACUGUUGACGGCCUUCGCAGCACCUUCUUCGCGUGAGUGGUGGCCUGCUGACAGCGACAUCAGAGGGGUCGCCGAUGGUUUCUGCAAACUACAGCGAGUCUACGAGGUUUCAGUCGCGCGGAUCGUGGCCAUGAUUUCUCGUCAGCUACCGUCUGUUUCGCCGCAUGACCUCAGUCUAAUCGCAAGAGGCUGCUACAGAAACGCGACGCACGGCAACACAACAGCCUGGUCUGAACAAGCGCUCGCCGCGGGACUGUACGCGCAGGCUAGCCUUCGUAACCUUGAGUUGGGACUCUGGUGGCUUCAGGCCAACGAUGCGAGGCGCGCGGCGCUGAAACCAAAGCACCAGAACCUGUAUCCUUCUCCGCCGGAGACCGACGUGGACGAAUACAAGUCGGUGUGCGCGGAAAAAGGCGACUUGAGAACGAAUACGGCCGAACUCAGUUGUGUCUUGUGGACUGGCUACGGAGACCCGCGGUUAAUACUGGCGCCGCUCAAGUUGGAAGUGCUGUCCCUAACGCCCCGCAUCGUGGUAUUUGUUGACUUCCUCACUCCGUAUGAAGUGGCCUACAUUCAGGACGCUGGGCAUACGGGUUUGGAGAGAGGAGCCAUUUACGACUGGGAAACUCCAUCGGGAAUCACCAGCUACAAGCGCAUCAGCAAGGUGUCCUGGCUAUGGGAUACUGAGCAUCCUUUUCUGAGUUCACUGGGUCGUCGCAUUAGCUUGGCCUCGGGCCUGUCCUUGGAAUCUUCCGAGCCUUACCAGGUGGCAAACUACGGACUCGGUGGACACUACACGCCGCACGACGACGCCAACACCUUCGAGCAGAUCCCGGACGAGUGGGACGCGAGGGACGGCAACCGCGUAGCCACCAUGCUACUCUACCUGACCGACGUCUCGCUAGGGGGUGCCACUGCGUUCGUCCAUCUGCAGCUGGCCAUGAAACCACGGCGACGUUCGGCCCUCUUCUGGUACGACCUGGCGCCGUACUCGGGUAACGACGGGCCCGUACACUUUUCUUUCUGGCACCAGAGGAAAGCUGUGGAGAAUCUCACGACACACGUGGGUUGUCCCGUUCUGUGGGGAAACAAGUGGAUAGCCACGAAAUGGAUUCGCGAGCGCGACAAUGUUGUGGUGAACUUUGACUACCCUGGCUAA